AAUAAUACAGACGGAAUUUGAUAUCUGGCCUUUGAAGAGCCUGUUCCCACUUAAAAUUAAAGUAGAUAAUUGCAAAUUCAUUCAACUAUAAUUAAAACUAUAAAUUAUAAACUAUAAUUAAAAAACAAACAUGAUGUGUUUUACCUGUGAACUGCUGAUUAAAGCAAGCAUGUUACUUACAUUCACUAGUUUGCGUAUAUUUUUUUGAGUAACUCUUUCAGUUCUGUACACACAAAGUAGUUUUACACAUCAUAUUAGUUGAGUGUUUAAUCUAUUUUUCUAGGUUGCAGUGAGAAGUCUGUAUUUGUUGUUUGUCACUGACCUACAUGCUGAUUUUAGGCCAGCUGAUAGACACCAAAGACAAUGUCCCUUUGGUCAUCAACAGCCAUAAAAGUAGUUAGACAUUAAACCAAACCUGCAGAUAACACCAUACGUGUCAUAUUCUCUUAUACACAAACUGAGAAAGCACUGGCUGUUUUGAGCUCUGAUCAUGUCGUCUGUAGAGAAGAUUAGAAAAAUGCUGCCAAAGUAUGAUAAUAAACCUUUCUAGCUUCAUGGAGAUCAAACCAGACCAAAAUACAGGUCAGAUCUGUGACCUGCGAUCUCUUUUUCUAGGUAUUUUUGAGCCAUAAAACCACCUGUAUCUGCUGAAAUGUAAGACUUGUCAACUGAAUUUCUUGUGCUGAAGACCUACCCUCGGAGAAUUGUUGCCGAAGACAUAAACACAGCACUGACUCAUUUUAAAAACCUUACACCUGCCAUGAACACAUAUGUAUACAAUGAUGGAGUUACUAAGAAUUUAAUGUGCCUAUCUGGAACUAUUUCUACAAUAUUUAACAGCAAUAUUUACAACACCCCAGUGUCUGUGUGGCUCGAGGAAAGCUAUCCACAAAGUGCUCCUAUUGUGUACGUCCAACCUACUAAAGAAAUGAUGAUUAUUAAAAGAUCAUUUGUUUCCAAUAAUGGGGAGGUCCAGCUGCCAUAUCUAGAGGAGUGGAAACAGGGUGAAUGUGAUCUGGUCAGCUUACUACAGGUGAUUGCUGCAACAUUUGGAGAAUUUCCACCUGUUUGCAUUAAGCCAUAUCAAGAAUCCGAACAAGCACCAUGUUGGCUCCAGUUUCACAGAGAAUACAACAUUUAUUCCAGACCAGAUGGAAGUUCAUAUCUGUCUGUGUCCAAAGAAGAUGACCAACCUUUCCAUCAGGAUCACGAAACCAACUGCUAGUGGUAUUAUUACCUGAUUUAUUUAUUCUGUUUCUCUGAGCAGCUGGUGUCAGGGGUUCACAAUGGGUAUUUGGAUUUGAUGAAAUAAAUAAAAAGCUGUGAGUCGAGUCACAGUUUUGAUUAACUUGA